UUCCCCAACAUGCAACGCUAGCAGCCGGUUCCUGAUACUGUUUUGAGAGCAAAAAUAAUGAGUGACCGCUCAUUUGUGCAAGAAAGGAACCUAAGACAGUCGUUCAGACAUCAGGAUUUGAGACAGGAUGAUGCUUUUUACGAGAGGACAGUGCGAUCGCAUCAACAACCACAGGAAAAUCGUGGACAAACAGAUCAGUUCCAGACUUUUGCUGGAUGGGCCAUAGGAAUAUCAAGUAGCGUGUUUGCAGAACACAUCCUGUCCCAUCCAUGUAUUGUUCUACGUCGACAAUGUCAGGUUCACCACAACGCCUCCUGGUACCACCUGACUCCUUUUACCCUCUUCCACGUAAUUGUGAAUUUGGAGAGAACACAGGGCCUGGCCACACUAUGGAAAGGUAUAGGAAGUGUGUUUCUCGCUAAGGGAAUCUUCAUGGUCAGCGAAACGGUCAUCAGUGAGGUCACACCUCUUCCUAAAGAAGUUUCGAAACACAGUCCACUGAAGAAACACUGUCAACACUUGCUCCUGAAAGGACUGUCAUAUAUGAUCUCCACACCCUUCCUGGCAGCCAGCCUACUGGAAACUGUACAGGCUGAUGUGUCGUCUGAGCGUCCAGGAACAUUUGACUGUCUGAAGGAAGGCGUGGCGCGUGUGAUGGGGUGGUGGACGCCACAGACCACUCACCUCCUGCCUGUCUGGAAACUUGUCCUGCCAACAGCCAUCAUAGGAGUUACAUCAUAUACAAUCACCCAGCUGGCCAAGUACACCGUCAUCUCCACCAUCACACUGGAAGAACAGGAAUCAAGGGCUAACUCUUCGCCAGUGGACGGACACACUAACGCCAAGAAGAUGUACGAGACAUUUUUCACAGAAAUGCUUGCCAGCUUCACCGGAAACCUGCUGGCAGACAUGAUGACUUAUCCGCUGGAGACUGUGAUACACCGACUGUACCUACAAGGUACGCGGACUAUCAUAGACAAUACUGACACUGGCAUGGACGUCAUCCCCAUCAGCACGCGCUACGAGGGCGUUGUCGACUGUUUUCGAGACAUUGUGAUCGAGGAAGGUUUUUCUGGACUUUACAAAGGUUUUGGAGCUGUGAUCCUUCAGUAUGCAUUACAUGCAGCUAUUCUACGUACAGCAAAGUUUCUUUUCGAGAAAAUAUCUCAGGAGUUCGGCACUUCUAGACAUUGUUCAAGCAUACAUCCUUCAACAAUGCCCAAGCAGCCUAACCAAUGAAGGUGUCAUCAAGCCGCAGAGGUAGAGUUGUGGAAAUAUGCGUCUGUCUGUAUAGAAUAUAUAUAUGUUAAUUAGCAAAAAUACGGUGACAUUUAAAAUGUAUAUUAAAAUGUGUAAAAGUGAUAUGACUAUAUUUAUUUGCAAAGAUGCAGAGGUCAACGUGACCUGGUCUGUUGGGAUGCUGAGCAACUUAGCUCCAGAUAUGGCCAAAUAUUUGCAGACACAAAAAAAAAAAAAAAUAUUGCAUCGUCGGAAACCCAUGUUUAAUUGUACUAGCGUUUAUUGUGGGUUGCCGACGAUGUAACUUUAGCGGUACCUCGUUAAUUUGCAAGGUUUGACAAGCUUCCGCUGUAAUAUAAAAUCAUCAUGGAAGUUUCAGAACUACAAUAUGAUGAACAACUGUUUUCUGGUGAUCUUGUGUGAUUUCUAGUCCACUGUUUGGGAGUUGACUGUCGCCAGUGGCUUGCUGUGUUGUCAGUUCGUUUUUAUAAAAGUUUCACAUACCCGUAAGUUUCUAAGGAGAAGACAAUGUAAUGCCGUGUAAGCCUUUGUGUUCUGUUAAUGUAUAGUUGAACCUACUGGUAACAUAUCUAUGGUUCCUUGUCUUUGUAAACAUUCUAACAACCUAAAGUGAAGCCCUAAUUUAAAACUCUUUAAACAACAUUUUACAUACAUAUUUUCGCAGUAUGUACACAGUUGGAUUUUUUCAGACCAUCAAUUGCUGGUGUCUUCAGUUUUCUUCAGAGAUAUUACAAUGAAAAGUUCUUUUAAUUUUCCAGUGUCAAGCUCUUUGUCACCUGGGAUACAUUGAUAAAAUCUAGAAAUGAGAAAUCAAUAGAGAUUGAUAUGUUAGUCCCCAACUGAUGCUGAGAGGACUAUAGGUUUACACAGAGAGGACUAUAAGUUUACACUGACAGGACUAUAGGUUUACACUGACAGGACUAUAGGUUUACACUGAGAGGACUAUAGGUUUACACUGAGAGGACUAUAGGCUUACACAGAGAGGACUAGAGGUUUACACACAGAGGACUAUAGGUUUACAC